CUCCGUACUACUCCAGCACACGUCGGACGCCAUACAAGACGCCACGACAGCAUUGGCUACACGCCAACGUCCUUCUCCCGUUCACGAGACAUCUCCUCGCCUCUUUUCAUAACCUUCCUUCUUUUGACUUUGAUCCUGCGAAAUGAUUCUCCGGUAGUGGCAUCCAGAAACUCGUCCCAGCUGCUCGCGUUCGUGCCCCUACGGCAUCCCUGUCGUCCUGAAUCUCUACCAACCAUCAAUUGAAAGCGUGCCUGGUGCUACUGAGUUCAAAAUGAGUUACGCCAAAAAGGACGAGGAUGCCGAACACUCCGGCUUCAAGCUGGACCGGACUUCUGUUUUUCAAGAUGCUCGACUAUUCAACUCCUCUCCUAUAUCACCUCGAAAAUGCCGAACCCUACUCACCAAGAUCGCCGUCCUCCUGUUCACGGGGGAAAAAUUCCCCACAAACGAAGCAACGACUCUCUUUUUCGGUAUAUCAAAGUUAUUUCAGAACAAGGACCCCUCGCUGCGUCAAAUGGUCUACUUGAUCCUGAAAGAGUUGGCCCACACCGCGGAAGAUGUCAUCAUGUCGACGAGUAUCAUCAUGAAGGAUAUGACUGUGGGCAGUGAGAUUAUCUACAAGGCCAAUGCCAUCCGCGCUCUCUGCAGGAUUAUAGACGCCACCACCGUACAGGGUAUUGAACGGUUAAUCAAAACCGCCAUUGUCGACAAGUCCCCUGCUGUCUCUUCGGCAGCGCUGGUGUCCUCGUAUCAUCUGCUUCCAAUCGCCAGAGAUGUGGUCAGGAGGUGGCAGAGCGAGACUCAAGAGGCCGCUUCCGCCUACAAACCUAGUGGCGGUUUUCUGAGUUUUGGAGGCAGUUCCCAACAUUCGCUGGCCGCCGCAAACACGAAUUACAUGAACCAAUAUCACGCGAUUGGUUUGCUAUAUCAGAUGCGGUCGCACGACCGUAUGGCCCUUGUCAAGAUGGUGCAACAAUACGGCGCUGCGGGAGCGGUCAAGAGUCCAGCCGGAGUCAUGAUGCUGGUUAGGCUAGCCGCUCGCCUCGCCGAAGAGGAUCCCAGUCUAAGAAAACCCAUGAUGCAGAUGUUGGACACCUGGCUACGGCAUAAAAGCGAGAUGGUUAUUUUCGAGGCAGCCAAAGCCAUCUGUAAUAUGCCAGAUGUCACCGACGCCGAGGCCGCUCAGGCUAUCCACGCUCUGCAAUCGUACUUGACUUCGCCGAGGGCGGUCACGAAAUUUGCGGCUAUCCGCAUUCUCCAUUCUUUUGCGUCCUUCAAACCUCAAGCGGUCCAUUCCGCGAAUCCAGAUAUUGAGGCUCUGAUCUCCAAUAGCAACCGGUCGAUCGCUACUUUUGCAAUCACAACAUUACUAAAGACUGGCAAUGAGGCGAGCGUCGACCGGCUCAUGAAGCAAAUAUCCGGUUUUAUGACUGAAAUUACAGAUGAGUUCAAGAUUACGAUUGUCGAGGCUAUCCGGACACUUUGCAUGAAAUUCCCUAGCAAACAAGCCGGUAUGCUUACGUUUUUGAGCGGUAUUCUACGAGAUGAAGGCGGUUACGAAUUCAAACGUGCCGUGGUGGAGAGCAUGUUCGAUCUGAUCAAGUUUGUUCCUGGAAGUAAGGAAGAGACACUCUCUCACUUGUGCGAGUUCAUUGAGGACUGCGAGUUCACCAAACUAGCGGUGCGGAUUCUCCAUCUUAUCGGCGUCGAGGGACCAAAGACGCCGCAACCCACGAAAUACAUCCGGUAUAUCUACAACAGAGUUGUGCUGGAGAAUGCGUUGGUCCGCGCAGCAGCUGUGACUGCCCUUGCAAAAUUCGGCGUGGGCCAGAAGGACCCUGAGGUCAAAAAGAGUGUCGAGGUCCUAUUAACGAGAUGCUUAGACGACACUGAUGAUGAGGUGCGUGAUAGGGCGGCGCUCAAUCUGCGGCUGAUGCAGGAAGAAGACGACAUUGCAGACCGCUUCAUCAAGAAUGACUCGAUGUUCUCGCUGUCAACCUUUGAACACAGACUUGUUAUGUACGUCACAUCCGACGAUAAGGCAGUGUUUGCUAAGGCAUUUGAUAUCAAAUCCGUGCCAGUGGUAUCACACGAACAAGCGCUGGCAGAAGAACGCACUAAGAAACUCAACACCGCUACGCCUACACUGAAGGCGCCGACCACUGGACCUGCAAAACCCAAGGUGAACGGAGCUGCAGAAGGACCCAAUGCCGGCGUAGCAGCCGCACAGAAAUAUACACAGAUCUUCUCCAGGAUACCCGAACUUGCUGCCUAUGGUCCGGUGCUGAAGUCGAGUUCUUUGGUUGACCUUACGGAAAGCGAGACUGAGUACGUCGUGUCCGCCGUGAAACAUGUCUUCAAAGAGCAUAUCGUCGUGCAAUACGACAUCAAGAACACCCUCGAUCAGACCGUCCUUGAGAACGUUACUAUACUAGCCUCGCCCGCCGACGACGAAGAACCCACCCUCGAAGAGGAAUUCAUCAUACCAGCUACGGCUCUGAAAACCAACGAACCUGGCGUCGUCUACGUUGCAUUCCGCCAACUAGGCGCCUUUCCUAUCACCACCUUCACAAACGUCCUUAAGUUCACAAGCAAGGAAAUUGAUCCCACAACAGGCGAGGCCGAAGAAGGAGGCUAUGAAGAUGAAUAUGAGGUAGAGAAUCUAGAGUUGACAGGCGCGGAUUACGUCACUCCCGCAUUCGCAGGCAACUUCGAUCACAUCUGGGAGGGCACAGGAGCCAAUGGAGAGGAAGUCAGCGAGACGUUGGUGUUGGGGAAUGUCAAGACAUUGGCUGACGCCACAGAACAACUCUCGCAAGCCCUGUCUCUGCAGCCUCUCGACGGCACCGACGUGGUGUUAUCCAACACAACUCACACUCUGAAAAUGUACGGCAAGUCUGUCACUGGUGGACGUGUGGCAGCACUCGUGAAAAUGGUGCAUUCGGCCAAGGCCGGUGUUACUGUGAAGGUUAGUGUAAGGACUGAUGAGACAGGAGGUGGUCUUGCGCAGGGCAUCAUUGGGGCGCUCUCCUAAGCACCCAAAACUUGAAUUAAAUGGCAUCCGGAUGGCGAAAGAAAAUCGUUUCGCGUUUCGGUCACCUUCGGGAUGGCAAAGGCAGAGGCAAGGGGCAUGGAGUCUGGCCCACGCUUGGAGAAAACCAGGGCGGUACGCCAUAGAACAAGGAAUGAUUCGGAUAUUCGAAUUCCGUCGAUUGAAGUGGCGUGGCAAGCAGUGAGAAGCAAAUGAUUUGUUCGGUCCACGGGAUUUUAUCCCCUUCAUGUUUGGUACCUAAGCAAUCUCCCAGACCCGGUUGGGAGGGAAAAUGGAAUUACGUUCAAGAGACGAAAAGCCGCAAGGAGAAAAGAACCUCCUCUUCCUGCCACCGAGCAAGUUCAAGCAGGGCGUAACGAACUAUUCGCGCUUCUACAAUACGACUCAUGUAGGUUCACUCAA